AGACACACACACCUGCAGCAAACCUGUUGUUUGAAGGUUACAGACUCUCUUUUUUCUGGAAUCCUGGGUUUUUAUAAAUAUUUAUAAACAGCAACUGUUCUCUUAUAAGAUGCAGAUGAGUUGUUCUUUACUCUUCAUCUCACUCUGUGUCCUCACUGCACAUCUGUCAAGGAUCCAGGGCAUGACCCUCACGAAUCCAGAGAAAAAGGGAUGGACUUUGAACAGUGCUGGAUAUCUACUGGGACCUUAUGCUCACAGAAGUCUUAAUGUAAGACACAGAGCUAUGGGCAAAAGAGACAUGUGGAAUGAAAGUUCAAGCUUACCAGCAUCUUCAUACAAUGAUUCCUAUCUUCUUUCACUGCUGGGGCAUCUUGCAUAUCUGCGAUUAAAAGAAAUGGGAAUGACUGAAGAUUUCAGUGGCUCUUUAAUGAGUGGCCAUAUGAAGCAAUAACAAAAUAUCUCUGUUUUACUGUUUUUUAACAGUUGCCCUCUAAUAGCGUUUUGCAUUUGAUCCUUUUAUUCAUUAUUUAAAAUGUAUUAACAUGUAGUUCACAUUGGUACAAUGCGUAGAUUGAUAUCCCAUGAAUCAUGCUGGUUUGCCUCAUCUCUCCACUUUAUUAUUCAACAAUUGUUGGUGCAUAAUUUUCUGCUUCAGAGUUCAAAUAAAGCACUUCAUGACAAAUGUUUAAAAAAAAAAAACGUUUAUUCAAUAUAAAAAGGAAAUUGAGGUAAUCAGGGUGUAGCAAUUUGUGAAAAAUUGGUGAUUUCACCAUUGCCAUUUACAAGUACACAUUUAAAUAAAUAUGAAAAUAAUAACCUGUGGACUCCAAAAGCAUUUUUGCAUGACUAACAGAGUAACAGAAUAAUUUAAAAAAUGUAACCCAAAGCGGUGGGAGUGCAUGUGCAUAGUAGUGUAACAAAAUAAAUUUCUUCUUGAUUACUAGUCUACUGCAUCCAGAGCGCUCAAGAUGUUUUACGACAUCCUUCCAUCUGAUGUCAAAUAUGCAAUACUAUCAAAGAUUGUCUUUCAUAUUAUAUAAGGAGGAGCAAAGAUUUAACAUAUGGCGCCAUCUAAUGGCAAGUGGAAGAAAAGCCAUCUUUGUAAAAGGAUGCUCUGUUAAUUAAUUCGACUUGUUUAGUUUUUUACAAAAGACGCGGACAUAAGUAAAAGGUUUGUAAUAAAUAUAAAUGAGCAAAUAUGAAAUAUAAAUUAAAUAAUUUAGUCUAAAUCCAAUAAUGCAAAUUAAAACCAAAUAGUCAAGAUAACCCGAUGAAACUAAAUGAGUACAUCAAUACUUGUUCAAUACAAUUGGAUACAUGUUUUGUGCCCCACAAUGCUCUCAAGUAAUACACACAUAACAAAUCCAUCAUUUUUCCUCUAUAGGGAUCAACAGCAAUAUCUACAGGGAUCAAUAAUGAAAAUUGGAUUUUUUUUUGUCUGUGCGUUUUUUCAGUUUCACUAUCAGUGUUGAGGAAUGUUUCUUUUAAAAAUAAUGUAUUGCAAUAUUGCGUUACUCCAUAAAA